AUGGCCUCCUCAUCGGACUCCAGAACGGCAAGCAAUGGCGCUGUGCGGCCGUUCCGCGUCGACUUCACCCCCGACGAGAUCGCCUCGCUCCGUUCGCGUCUUCGCGAUGCCCGCCUGUCCCCGACUUCGAUCCUGCCCGAGGAUAACUUCCGCCAGGACCGUGGCCUGUUCCCCACGCCUGCCUUUCUGCAAAAGUACCGCGACAUGUGGACGACGUCGUUUGACUUUGAUGCCCUGCAGGCCCGGCUGAAUGCCCAGCCGCAGUACCUCGUCGAUAUUGACUGGUGCACGCCCCUGCACUUCAUCCACCGGCCCUCGUCGCGGCCCGAUGCGAUCCCGCUGAUGCUCAUUCAUGGCUGGCCCGGAAACGCCUUCGAGUUUGGACACGUCCUCGAUCGCCUUGCCGAGCCAGAGGACAGUAGCGCACCAGCGUUCCACGUCGUCGCACCCUCGCUGCCGGGCUUCCUCUGGUCAAAGGGCCCGCCAACGAGAAAGGCAGGCACGGGCGACGUCGAGGGCUACUGCAAGAUCCUCGACUCGCUCAUGGUCGAUGUGCUCGGCUACAAGAGCUAUGCUGCCCAGGGGGGCGACUGGGGCAGCAUCCACGCGCGGCUACUCGGCGUCAAGUUUGCACGCGCCGACGGUACAGGCUGCCGAGCGGUCCACCUGAACUUCUGCCCCUCUCCGCCUUGGGGCGCAGCGACGCUCGCGGCACUCAUGCCCGAGUGGCUCACGACAAGCCUCAUCGCAUGGCUGCCCAACGAGGCGCGCAAGUCGCUGCUCAAGAUGAAGAACUUUUCCGAAAACAUGGCCUACUACUGGAUCCAGCAGAUCAGCCCCUCGCAGCUGGGCGCGGCCGUGUCGGACUCGGCCGUGGGCCUGCUCGCCUGGCUUGGCUAUUUCUACGGCCCCACGCUGGGCCGCACGCCGACGCUGAGCGAGGAGAGCAUGCUCAGCGUCUGCUCCCUCUACUGGUUCACCCAAUCCAUCGCGACGUCCUUUUUGCCGUACCACAACAACCGCAACCUGCUCGAGCUGCACACGGCGUCGCAAAACUACCUCCGUGUGCCCUUUGGCUACACCGACUUUCCCUUUGAGAUUGCAAACACGAGCGAGGGCGCUGCGAGGAGGACGGGCGACCUCACCUUCUACUCUCGCGCAACGCGCGGUGGCCAUUUUGCCGCGCUCGAAGAACCAGAGGUCUUUGUCAACCAUCUCCGGCUGGCUUUUUCACCUCGCGGAAAGGCAGACAAGGCCAGCGCCAACGAGGAGCAGCAAGGCUUCGUCAAGCAGGCCACCGUCGCGCGCGGCGGCCUGUGGGACGCAGAGCGCCGCAAGUCCUCCAGCCGAUUGUAG